AUGGUCUUGGGACAGGAUCCAGGCAGACAAGAUGAGGGACUGUUAGUGUGGAAGAUUUUUGCUUACUUUUUGAUGAGAAGAAGCAAAAAAAAAGACGACUAUGCAGAUGGUCUGUCUGAAUAUACUGCAGCAGCAGGCAUUCUGUGCUACGUGGGAGCCUAUGUGUUCAUCACAUAUGAUGACUAUGAUCACUUCUUUGAAGAUGUGUACACGCUAAUUCCAGCAGUUAUUAUCAUAGCUGUGGGAACACUUCUUUUUAUUAUUGGACUUAUUGGGUGCUGUGCCACAAUUCGAGAAAGUCGUUGUGGACUUGCUACGUUUGUGAUCAUCCUGCUCUUGGUUUUUAUCACCGAAGUUGUGGUGGUGGUUCUUGGAUACAUCUACAGAGCAAAGAUGGAGAGUGAAGUUAAUCACAGCAUUCGGAAAGUGUGGAAUGGAUACAAUGGGACAAAUCCUGAUGCAGCCAGUCGUGCUAUUGACUAUGUACAGAGGCAGCUGCACUGCUGUGGGAUCAGUAACUAUUCAGACUGGGAGGAUACUGUCUGGUUCAAACAAACUAAAAAUAACAGCGUGCCACUUAGCUGUUGCAAAGCAUCCCUCAGCAAUUGUACUGGAAGUUUGACCCGCCCAAUGGACCUUUAUUCUGAGGGGUGUGAGGCUCUGGUUGUAAAGAAGCUGCAGGAGAUCAUGAUGUACGUCAUCUGGGCAGCACUAGCAUUUGCUGCUAUUCAGCUUCUGGGCAUGUUGUGUGCCUGUGUAGUACUAUGUAGGAGGAGUCGGGAUCCUGCCUACGAACUUCUCAUCACUGGCGGAACCUAUGCCUAGAAGACAAUGCGAACACGCAGUUCAAUCUUAUCUCACUUGUGUGGAAGGUGAAAGGGCCAGGUGUACUGGGAUAGCUUUCUUGCCCUAAGCUUAGUCAAAGCACACCUUUCAUAGAAGAGGACAGCAGUACUGUACACUGGUGAUGGGCAAAACAACUCAGCUUUACACACACCUAUAUAAUUACCUGUGACUUUCACUGUUUUAGCCAGCUAUUCAUGUAUCUAAAUGUUUUAGUGUACUAGUAACUUUCUAAUUUCAGAACCAUUUGCAAGUUAAGUGUGAUUUGGUUGAUAGGAAAGUGAAAGGAUGCGUGCCUACUUUGGUAGAUUACCUCUAAGCAUUAGCUGGCUGAUUCUUGCAUAUAGAGAGAGGAUUUCACUACAUGGAACUUUUUUUGGCCAAAGUUGUACAAAGGAAGCCAGCUGUACGUAAUUUGAGAAAAAAUAUUUUAAUCUUGCCCCUCACCAGUGUCGCUUUUUAAAAAAACACUUAGGUCCAGUACACUUUAUAUAUAAAAUUGUAAAAAAACCCAAACACUAACCAAAAUGUUAGGAUCAUGUGACUGCGGUUUCAACCUUCAGAGAUCAAAUCUUUCAGAUAUUAGCAGUUUAAAACACAAGCUGGCUUUUCAGGAGUGCAAUGUAU